AUGUCUUCCCUGUGGUGGGAGCAGUGGCCCCUGCUGGCUUCAAAUGGUACCCCCGGCUUCGCGGACAACAAUAGCUGCUUCAGCAGCACACAGAGCACCGUACUCAAGGGAGUUGGCUUUGGAGGAGUGCCAGUUGUGUUAGUGCUGGAUUUCUCUGUCUUUCUGGUGUUGCUGGUUGCCUUCUCUAUUAUCAGGAGGAAGUUCUGGGACUAUGGGCGUCUGGCAUUAGUUGCAGACAACGAAGGGUUCACCGAGUCAAGCCGCCGUCGCUAUGGGCGCAUGUCAUCGAUAGUGUCCAGCGUGGAUGACCAGGAGUAUGAAUUGGGAUUCUGCUCUUGGCUGCCUUACAUCCUCAGAAUGGAUGAGGGAAAAAUGCAAGCCAAAUGUGGCAUCGAUGCCGUUCACUACCUGUCCUUCCAGCGUCAUCUGAUCGCCCUGCUGAUGGUCAUAACUGUCACCUCCCUCGCAGUCAUACUGCCCGUCAACAUGACUGGAGACCUGCUGGAUAAUAAUCCACAGAGUUUUGGAAGGACAACUGUUGGGAAUCUUCAAAAGGGAAACAACCUGUUAUGGCUGCAUACAGUGUUUGCAGUCCUCUACCUGGCCCUGACACUUGUUGUGCUGCGGCGUCACACGUCACAAAUGAAAGGCAUGCGCAGAGAGACAAGCAGGAACAGUUUGUUUUUGUGUUCGGUCCCUAAAACGGCAACAGAGGAAGCUGUGAAAAAACAUUUCACAGAGGCGUACCCUUCCUGUAAAGUGUGUGCUGUGACCCUGGGCUUUGACGUGUCCAAGCUCAUGCACCUUGACAAGGAGAGGAUGCGAGCAGGAAAAAACCUGCGCUACUACGAGCGUGCCUUAGAGAAAACAGGGCAAAGCGAGUUGAUUAACACUCGUUUGUGUGGUAACCUCUGUUGCUGCUCUGAGAAGGUUGAUGCCAUAGAGUACUACAGUACUAAAGAAAAAGACUUGUUGGAGGAGGUGAGGAAGCAGGCAGAGCUGGUGCCACAGCGCCCCCUGGGGAUGGCCUUUGUCACCUUACAGACCGAGGCUAUGGCCAAGUUCAUUCUGAAAGACUUCAAUGCACUCGAGUGUGGCGGCGCAAGCUGCUGUUGCUGGAGACAGCCCCAACCUUCGACCGAGAGUGGAACUCUGAAAGUGAACAAGUGGAGCGUCAACUUUGCACCCCAUCCCAAAAAUGUGUAUUGGGACAAUCUGUCCGUGCGCGGUUUCCCCUGGUUCAUGCGCUAUUUGAGUCUCAACUUCUUCCUUUUCUUCCUGCUCACCUUCCUCACGACUCCCACCAUCAUUAUCAACACCAUGGACAAGUUCAACGUGACUAUGCCCAUCUACUAUCUCAACAGCCCCAUCGUCAGUCAGUUCUUUCCCACUCUCCUGCUGUGGACUUUCUCUGCAUUGCUGCCUACCAUAGUUUACUAUUCUACAAUAGGAGAGGCACACUGGAGCAGGUCAAGUGAGCAGCUGAGCAUGAUGCGUAAACUGUACUUCUUCCUGCUCUUCAUGGUGCUAAUCCUCCCCUCGCUAGGACUCACCAGUCUUGCAGUGUUUUUCCGCUGGCUGUUUGAUAGAGAGUUUCUCGCAGAUGGGAAACUGAGGUUUGAGUGUGUGUUCUUACCUGACCAAGGGGCGUUCUUCGUCAACUACGUGAUCACAGCGGCUCUGGUGGGCUCUGGGAUGGAAUUGCUGCGGUUGCCAGGGUUACUGCUUUACACCAUUCGUAUGGCGUUUGCUCGCUCUGCAGCUGAAAGAAAAUAUGUCAAACAGAACCAGGCGUAUGAGUUUGAAUAUGGAGCCAUGUAUGGCUGGUGCCUGUGUGUGUUCACUGUCAUUAUGGCCUACAGCAUCAUAUGUCCUAUUAUUGUGCCUUUUGGUCUCCUGUACAUGAUGCUGAAGCACCUGGUGGACAAACACAACAUGUACUUUGCCUACCUGCCUGCUCGCCUAGACCGCCAGGUCCACCUGGGAGCUGUCAAUCAAGCUCUGGCCGCGCCCAUCAUCUGCCUAAUAUGGCUUUAUUUCUUUUCUGUGCUCAGAGCAGGUUUCUGGACUGCCACAUCUCUCUUCACACUGGUGGUCCUGUGUAUCACCGUCUUCAUCUGCGUCAGCUAUACACUCUUCGGCCAUUUCAAGUACCUCAGUCCACACAACUAUGAGGUGAAAGAAGAGGAUAAGGAUACAGUAGAGGGAGUGGAAGAAAACACCACGGUCUACCUUCCCAGAGUGCUUAAUCCCAAAUCACCUGCCAGCGCACAACCGGGGUCUAAACUUCAGCAGUCGUACGGCUCCACAGAGGGCAGCGCGAUCCUCAGCUCCGACAGCCCGUAUACGGACAGCGUGUCGGACGGCUGAAUCAGAGAAUCUAAACACUGAGUCAUAGCUGUGGAACUCAUGAUGCCCAUGAAAUCUGCUUCCUUCACAAUGAUUUCAGCACUGAGGUUUGAAUUCACCUCCACCCUACUGCUCAGUCAGACACAGCCCGUCCCAUUGAGACAAAAUCACCACAUGGUACGUGACCAGCACUGAGCUGCCCAACACCAGUCCAACUUUCUUACCUUCUACUUCUGGAAAGAUACAAGUUAAAAGUACCAGUGAGGACAGUGUGUUGAAUUUGAAUUGGUUUCUACAAGAAAGUGGGUAAACAGGAAUUGAUUUGAUAUUCGGAUCAUUAUUUGCACUUGAUCAGCAUAGCACACACACAUCCACGACAAACCUGCUGAGUCUGUAUUUUCUCUAUUAGACCUCUCUCAUGUCAAGCCAAAACCUGCCAUUUCAAAUAUGCUAUAAUGUUUGUGACAAAAACACUGGAAUCCAUUACUUGCACAGGCUGACGCUAAUUAUGCAAGUAUGUUACCAGAACAAGACAAUCACGCCAGCAACACUCACGCCAAAGAGGUGGAGAAGCAGAGUUUGUUACUUGUUAUCCAGAUUUUCAACUUUAGAUUUCUUCACAGUGCCUUUUUUUGAUGCCAGAGGACAACACCUGCCAAGGGAAUAACUAAUGUUCACAAUGCACUUUUUGUAUCAAGAGAGGCCUUACAAGAUUUGUAAUUAGACAAGAGAACAUUUCUAUCAGUAUUGCAGGAGUUUUGCAACCAAAACUUUUUUUUUGGUUUAAUCCACAUAUGACAAUGGUUAGAGCAUUAUUUUGUAUUAUUUUUUUAAGAUUGUUUAAGAAGACAAUCAUGCUGUUGAAUUAAUGAAAGAACGUUUUUAAACAGGUCAACGUUUAUUUGUAUUUAAUGUACUUUGGAUUUAUGUUUUUGCAGCUUAUUUUUUUAAAUGUGCAUUUUAACAAGGAGCCAAGUUUGUAACUGUACAGAGGUUGAUAAUCAGAGUGUUGAUAACAACGGAUAAAAUGUCUUCGGAUUGCAUAUGUUAGGAGGAACUCAGCUUUGUAUAUGGUUAUUUAAAUAUCAAUAUUAAACAUGCAGUUUCAAAAUACAA